UUUAUAGGUAUAUGGAGUCCAACACGUGACCUCCUUCCUGGUCAACUGCCCGAAAAAAGCAGAGAACUUGAACCCGUUAUUCUCGGAAGGCAGGAUAAUGACAUUAUGGAACAUGAAUCAUGUUCUUUUAGUGAACGCAUGAGGAAAUACCCAAUUGUCCUUAGUUUGGGCUGCACACUUUUGGACCUUUGUAAAGACGCUGGAUUGGACCUCCCCAACAGUGGGACAAGUGUCGGCCCAGUCCAGAAUAUCUUCCCUUUGUCAUCCUUUCUUACAAAUUAUUGGAGACAAGUGAUUACAAAUUAUUUGACUUACAAACAGAAUAAUAAAGCAUUGAAAAAAAUUCAAAUUCCUAUUUAUUUACACGUUCUUCUAACAAUUAAAAUUGAAAAAAUAGCAUCUUAA